AUGUUACAGUCAGAGUUUGUUUUGUUUGGUUUCGACUGCCAAACGUAUGAUUACAAGGUGGUGCUAAUCACUUUUUUCGAAAUCCAGAGUGUUCUUGAUUUCACUCCUAAGAGCAAGGUUCAAAUAUAUAGCUUAAGCUCGGAUUCGUGGAAGUCGUGUGUAGAUGCAAAUUUAGGCAGUCACUCUUAUAAACACAAUUGUGAAAAUCAAGGUGUAUAUCAUAAUGGUAGUUAUUAUCUCGUAGGAAAGGAUUUUCACACAAACGAAACGAGGGAUGCUUUCUGGCGUUCGACAGUGGGUCUCUCCUUCAAUUUCAGCAGCCAAAGUUUCAGAAAGAUACCUGUUCCGGACGAUACCUGUCGGUUAAAUGCCAUAGGAGGUGAUCAGGGAAAGAUUGUUUACAUUACGUUUGUUUCAAACAGUACUUGUGAGUAUAUUAGUGAAGUAUAUGAAGUGUAUACUAUGAAGGAUUAUGAUUACAGUUGCACUGCUACAAAUGCGGAAAGUAACAAGUAUUCAUGGAGCAAACUACAUAUGUUCACUAUUGAUCAUCGUUAUGGCGGCUAUGGUCCUAAGGCAAUUACGAAAAAUGGAAUGUUUGGUUUUCUACGUGGUUUUAAAGGUGGUCUACUGUUUAUUAACUUUCUUACCGGAGAAAUCAAGGAUAUUGAAAUUAUUGGUGCAUUGUUGGAAGGUCUAGGUGAAGUGUUCAGAGCCGAUGUUUACGAGGACAGCUUAGUCUCAAUCGAUAGUCCACUGCUCAGCAGCAGUUAA